AUGUAUUUAAGUGUACUAUUUUUAUUAUAAAAUGCUGCGAAAUUUAAUGAAGAUAGUUAUGAGAAGUUCAAUCUAAAGAAAUUCAAAGGGAAACAUGAUAUAAGUUGUUAAGAGUUCAAAUAGUUGAUUUUUGAUACAAGACAACAAUUCACUUAAUUAAAUGGAGAAUAAUUAAGUUGCGUUGUAGAUCUAAUGAAGCAGGAUUAAUUAGUCGACGAUGACAACACUGACUAUUUAUUGAUAACAAUUAAGAAUGUUGAAGAUGAAUAAACCAGAUAUUAACUUUUAGAUAAGAUAAUUAUGCCAACUUCAAACUUGGCAAAAGAAUAAGUGAAAGAAAUAGAAUAGAUCAUUGAGAGUUGCUAAUAACAUGCCAUGGGAUUGUCAAUUAUGGGCAAGAUGAUUGCAUUUUAUAACUAUUAGAACAGAUAAAUAAUGAAUAAAUUUGUUAAUGAAUUUGGUGUAACUAAAACAAAUGCAGAAUAAUUGGGUGCAGCCUCUAUUGGUUUAGCAUUGGGAUAAUAUAAGGACAAGUGA